AUGGGAGAGAGUCCGGCACCAUCUCCAGCCAGGUCACCGAAGAAGUCACCCAAGAAAAGAAAAACAGCCAAGGCAAAACAUGCCGGCCCUAGCGUGGGAGACUUAAUUGUUAAGGCCGUAGUCGCUAGCAAGCAGAGGAAUGGUGUAUCAUUGGCCGCCCUGAAGAAGGCACUUAAGGCCGGCGGUUACAAUGUGGAUAAAAAUAAGGGCCGCAUUAGGGUGGCAGUCAAGGCCUUGGUGACCAAGGGCACCCUAGUCCACACCAAGGGCACUGGCGCUUCUGGAUCAUUCAAGCUGAGCAAGAAGACUGGUAAGUCGACCAAGAAGGCAGGUUCGAAAGCAAAGAAGUCCCCGGCUAAGAAGAAGGCGAAAGCAAAGCGGGCUAAGAAGGCCAAGAAGUCACCCAAGAAGGCCAAGAAACCAGCGGUCAAGAAGGCCAAGAAACCAGCUGCCAAAAAACGUCCUGCAGCGAAGAAGGCCAAGAGUCCCAGGAAAGCUAAACCUGCCAAGCGUAGGGCUGUAAAAGGUAAAAAGGCGGCUGCCAGAAAGAAGUGA